AUGUUACGUAACAGUCGCUACAAAUAUUUCGACUCUAUUUGUUCCAGCCGUGGGCUUAAUCCCAAACGCUUCUGGUCCCUGUUCAAGUUCAAUAAUAAGACACGCAACAUUCCUCAAAAGCUCUCGGUGAAAGUAACUGAAACCAAAAGAACAUCCGCAGGAAAUCCAGCAGAUAUUGCUGCGCUCUUCAACAACUACUUCACAUCUAUAUUUACCACCGAUCCAAAUAUCGAAAACUACAGCCCUGACGCUCUUCCAUAUCAGUCUAACAAUACUAUCAUCGAGGACAUUACCCUUUCGGAAGCCGAUGUUUUCUCCAUAUUGCAUAAUCUCGACAUUAAUAAAGCUCAAGGUCCAGAUGGGAUUCCUGCACGAUUAUUAAAAGAAACAGCUCGUCAAAUUGCUCCAUCACUAACUGUCUUGUUUAAUAAAUCUCUGAACACUGGUGUGUUUCCACGCAACUGGAAACUAGCAAAUGUUGUUCCCGUCCACAAAAAAGACAACAAAGAUCACGUGGAAAACUAUCGACCAAUUUCGCUUCUUUCGCUUAUCUCGAAAGCAUUGGAAAGAUGCGUGUUCAAUAAGAUCAAAGACCACGUUUUCGAACAGAUUAACAACGGUCAACAUGGCUUUGUUUCUCGGAAGUCCUGUGUUACACAACUCAUUGAAGUCUUUGAGUAUAUUGGUCGUGAACUGGAUCUUGGGAAACAAGUUGAUGUGAUCUACUUGGAUAUGUCCAAGGCGUUUGAUCGAGUAAGUCACAUGCAACUGUUGAAACGACUUCGUGAUUUUGGAUUCGGUGGAAAUAUUCUUAACUGGUUUAGAUCUUACCUCAAGGACCGUCGGCAGCAGACUACAGUACCUGGUGCAACAUCAUCAGCACUACCAGUAACCUCCGGAGUCCCCCAAGGCUCAAUCCUUGGACCGCUGCUGUUCCUAUUAUAUCAGAAUAAUCUCCCCAACUUCAUCAACCACUCGAAGAUCGCGACGUUUGCUGACGACACAAAGAUUUACAAGGUGAUAAACGCGAAGGCUGAUGCAUCCGCUAUGGAGAAUGAUCUUGCGAAUUUCCAAACCUCCUCUGCCAAUGCUAAUCUUCUCCUCAACACAGAUAAAUGCAAGACACUUCGAAUUACUAGAAAACGCAACAAAAUCGAUCAUACUUACAAGUUGCAAGAUUCCGCUCUGAAAACCACAGAUUGCGAACGCGACCUCGGCGUCUGGACUUCCUCCACCCUCACAUGGUCGAAACAAGUCCUCCACCAGUGCGCCCAAGCCAACAAAUCCCUCGGGUAUAUUCGACGGUCCACGAUCAAAAUCAAGACCAUCUCUGUUCGUCGGACUCUAUAUCUUACCCCCGUUCGUUCCCACCUCGCAUACGCGUCCCAAGUUUGGGCUCCACAAACUGUUGACCUCAUUAAGCGUACAGAACGCGUUCAACGACGUGCGUCGAAGUACAUAGUGAACCUACCGUUCUUCUGUGACAUCAACUAUAACCAUCGUCUCUCAACAUUAAAUCUACUACCUUUGUGUUACUGGCACGAGUACCUAGACAUAUUGUUCCUUUUCAAAUCACACCAUAACAUUAUUAACCUAAGCAGCGACAUCCUACCACACCCUCAAAAUUCAAGUCAACGUACCCGAUCUACAAACCCUAACUGCCUACAAUUUCAGACUUCAGCAUGCAAAACAUGUACCUAUCAAAAAUCAUAUCUAAUAAGGACUACUAGAGUCUGGAACACACUGCCAAUGGAUUUAACUAUUAAUAGCAUGGCAACUUUAAAGGACUUUAAAAAUAAGUUAUUAAUCUAUUAUAAAACAGCACUAGAUAAAUGUUAUGACGUUGACGAUCCACGAACAUGGAAAUCGGUUUGCUUAAAAUGCAACCAAGCUCGCGACCUUACAAGGCCGAUAACGUGUUGUUUUUAGAUUUAGUUUUCAGAAGUACCUUUUCACAUUGGUAUCUAUGGAGCCUGUUCAGGGUUUUUCUGAAGGUUUAGGAUUGUGAGGGUUUCAAACGUCUUCUGACUCAGUCAGCUUCCAAAAAUGGAAGUGGUUCUGCGGGACGCAAUGUGAAAAGUUGCAUCUGAUAGUUCGUUAGUAAUUGAUUCUUUCUAUGUACGUAUAUAGUGUAUUUGUCUAACAUUUAGGGAUCGCAGUAAUUAGCGCAAGCUGUUGCGAUUGCUCUGCCAGUUUUUUGUGUUAACGUUGUUUAAAUCUGGCAAAGUUAAUAAAUAAAAUAAUCUAUCCACGUAUGUAAUCAAAAUAUUUAUUGACCUAAUAGUAGAACCUCUUGUUAAUGUUAUAAAUCUCUCUUUGUCCAAAGGGGUCUUUCCAAGUAAACUAAAGAUAGCUAAAAUUAUACCAAUUUCCAAAACCGGAAAUCAAAGUUUCUUUACAAACUAUUGACCUAUAUCACCCCUGAAAAACUUUUCAAAGUUAUUUAAAAAAGUUAUGCAAAUCAGGUUAACAUUAUUCAUUGAGCAAUGUGAAAUUUUGUAUAGAUUUCAGUUUGGUUUUCGCAGUAAACAUUCUACUAUGCAUUUAUUUGUUUCUCUAAUAAAUAAUGUUCGACGGCCAUUGAUCGGAACCAGAUAGCUGCUGGAGUGUUUAUUGAUCUUUCAAAGGCUUUUGAUAGUUUAGAUCAUGAAAUAUUGUUUACUAAAUUACAACAUUAUAGUAUAAGAGGCGUUGCACUUCAAUGGAUCAAGAGCAAUUUCUGCAAUCGUGAACAAUUUGUUCAAUAUAAUGAAACCUGUUCCUCCAUGGAAAAAUUAAAAUGUGGAGUUUCGCAAGUUCUAUUUUAGGCCCAUUAUUUUUUAUUUUAUAUAUCAAUGAUCUACCGAAUGCACUAGAACUGUUAAAAUCUUAUUUUUUUGCUGAUGACACUAGUAUAUAUUUUUCAAAUUCGGAUAUCAAGCAGCUUGAAUUUGUUUUGAACAGUGAACUUCGAAAGCUGGAUAUCUGGAUGAAGUCAAAUAAAUUGUCUGUGAACAUCAGUAAAAGAAAUUAUAUCAUUUCUCGCCCGAGACAAAAAAAAUAAAUUUAAAUCUAGUUAUUCAAUAUAACAAUCAAAUGAUCACCCAAAAACAAUAUAUAAAAUUUUUAGGAGUGUAUAUAGACGAACAUUUGACAUGGAAGGAACACAUUAAUUAUAUUUGCAAUAAAAUCUCCAAAUCUGUUGCAAUUAUUUACCGAUCUCGAUAUCAACUGUCAUUCGCAACAAGAUUAUCCUUGUACUACACACUUAUGUAUCCCUAUCUUACUUAUUGUAAUAUAGUAUGGUCUUCCACUUAUGAAACCAACCUCAAUAGAAUUCUUCUUCUACAAAAACGAGUUGUACGUACUCUUACAAAUUCCGAUUACCGUGCACACUCUGAUCCACUUUUUAAUUAAACAACUCAAAAUAUUGGAUAUAUUUAAGUUAAAUUCAUUUCACAUUGGCAAGUUUAUGUUUUUAUAUCAUCAUUGCAUAUUACCAACAUGCUUUGAUGAAUUGUUUACAACAAACAAUUAUCAAAUACAUGGUUAUAACACCAGAUCUGCUGGUAACUAUAGAUCUCAUGCUUGUCGAACUAAUAUUAAGCAGUUCACCAUUUUAUACUCAGGACCGAAUAUUUGGAAUUCUUUACCUACAAAUAUAACUGUGAUAAACACAAUCUCGUCUUUCAAGAUCAGUGCAACUUCGUAAUUUUUUGCUUAACGAAUAACAAUGUUAAACAGCUAGCUCUGAUAUGCUAUGACCAUGUUUAUCGAAUAUUCAGUAAGAAUAUAUAAAAUUAUUGGAAAAUCUAUUACAUAAUUUCGUAAAUUUUCUCUCUUAACUUCAAUAUGUUUCAAUUUCAUUAUAUAUGUCUGUAAACUUAAUUUCAAUUUCAUUAUAUAUGUCUGUAACUGAAACUAUAUCAUACUGAUAAAUUAAAUAUUUAACUUCGAAUUUUGAGGUGGGGUGGCCUAUUUACACAAGCUCUAAGCUUCUUGAGGUCUCCUCGCCGACUUUACUUUAUUAAUAUCUUGUAAAUAGCAAACAGUCUUUUUUUGCCAAAUAAAUCCAAUAACCAAUAACCAAUAACCAAAGUAUAUCCUAUUUCAAGUAUACAAUGUCUUGCACGAGAAAACGUAAAACUCAAACUUCUUGAUCCUUUGUUAUAGUCGAGGCAUAUUCGAAAGGCGAACGAAGACUAACUUUAUCAUACGAGUCCCGAAGGACGUCAAAUAUGAUUUCGAACCGUUUUAAAUGUUUCAUGCUUAUUUCGCUUCCUAAGAAACACGAAAGACUAACAUAUACUAGGACAACACCCGAAAUUAAAGUUGAGUUGAAAUGCUAAAAUUGAAAUUGUUAAUUUUUGUGGAAAAUGGCAAUUAGGGACCUGUCAUUAUUUAUGGCAGGGGUGCGGGACGAAGAGAAAAUGGUGGGGUAACUGAAAAAUAAUACUUACUAUGAUGGGUGGGGUGGCCAAAAAAUUCUUGUAUGCAGAGGUGGGGUAAAAAAAUAACCAUAUUUUAAUCGCACACAAUACAAUAUAUACUACCAUGGAUAAUAAAAUAAAUGGAUACGACUCUAGCUGACGUCACAGUCUAAACCUAGUUGCAAUCUGUGACGUCACGCGUAUUGCCAAAGUUCUCGGCUUUUUUGUUGUUUCGCUAUAUUUCCGCUUUAAAAAGUAAUAUUGAAGCAUAAACUGGUCUAAUUGUUUUAAAAACAUGUCUAAGCCACGACAGAAGGCAAGAAGAAUCAAGAAUAAAUUCUUGAUUGUUGCUACACCUAAAUCUCUCCAAGACUCUAAAAAUUAACUAUCAAAUUAUAAAUAAAGCUCUCGUGGUGAUCCUAAUAGAAUUUCUUUCACACAUGGUUGUCUAGAACUCUUAAUUUUUUGGAUUAUAUAUCUUUUGGUCGCGCAUGUCUAUCGUUACAAAGCGUAUAUAUAUUACAUAUCUUGGGAUUUUUGCUGCGCAACGAGGAGUGGUUUGAUACUUAUAUUUGAUUAUCCGCACUGUAUAUCCGCGAUCAAGCAUAUUGUCAAGUUUUCGUGAGCUUUGUUGGAAUAUUUUCUAAAAUAUUUUGGCCAUUGAAACUUUUUGAAUUUAAUUAAAUCCCGCCGGCGUCAUUUGUCAUGGUAACAACAACUAAUCAUUGAAGCUUUGAAUACGGAAUAAUAACUAGUUCGUUUCACGAGCGAUGACCGGAAAACAUAGCUAUACGCCACAACAAACGUAUUAAGAGCUCUUAAUUUUUCUCAAGCACGUCGUAUGAGAAAAGAGUCCAUGUCGCUGUCAAUACAACGAACUGUACGCAUUUCUUCUACAUUGUUGCAGAUAUCGUCUUUACCAUUACUAUUGGUUCUUCUGGCGAACGACGUUCAUUCGAAUCCUGGUCCAUUCCAUUCUAGACCUAGUGAUGCCUCUUCACUUAAAUUAAAGUUUCUCUAUCUAAAUGCGAGAAGUUUAAAGGCCUUUGCUCCACAUGACAACAGUGACGUUUACUCAUCUAAAGUUUGUAAGAUCACUUUAUUGCAGCAGCUUGUUCACGGCACUUUUUAUGACGUUGUUUGUACAUGUGAAACUUGGCUCAAUGAAUCAAUUUUAAGCAGUGAAUUAUUACCGGGAUAUUCUAUUUUUCGUCGCGACAGAAUUGGGAAGGUUGGUGGAGGUGUUCUUGUAGCUGUAAGAAAUGGUAUACAAGCAACUCAUCGACUGGAUCUCGAGCCUGAAAGUAGUGAACUUGUUGCAACUGAAUUAAUUGCGUCAAAUAAAAACAUAUUUCUAUUCACGUUUUACGGACCUCCUAACUCCACAUCUGACAACAUUAACCAGUAAUGCAAGUUACAGUGGAAAGAUAUGUUCUUAACUGCAGGUGAAAGUUACAUCCCAGUAAUAUUAGAGUGAUACUAACUCUCCACCUUGGAUUGACGGGGAGGUUCAGCAUUUAAUCCGAAAGAAAUGCACAGCGCUAAAGAAAUAUCGUUUGGUCAAGUCAGAUUCUCGAAAGUUGAAACUACGUACUUUGAGUAAAAAAAUCAAGUAUGCUAUCAGAUCAAACGACAGCGAGUAUUUAGCCAAAAUUAAAGCCUCCUUUAAAGAUAACCCUAAACUAUUCUGGAGUUAUCACAAAUCUAUCCUUCACCAUCAAGAGAACCAGGGUCCUAAGAUUGCAUACAAUGGUGUUACAGCUAAGACAGCAGCUGCUCGUGUUUUUCCUCGGUAUUUCUGCCACCAGAAACUAAUGUUAGUCCUGAUGUAG